CAUAUCCAGACCGGAUGUGGUCAGUAUCAGCCCGAGUCCCGGGACCAGCUGACGGAUUUAACGGAGCUCCUCUCGCCCGUCUGCGGUCGGUGAAUCUGCGUUAGCUCUCAGUUUUCCUUCUGUCCUGAGGUGGCGGUAACAAGGCGGGGAGCGUUCAAGCUGCCGAGUCGUUUAGGAGAAGAGGAAGAAAGUCAAACAAACCAUCUGGCGGGUUCCGCUCAGCUGGAGCCGUUUUAUGACGACUCUUCGAUUUGAAGGAUGCAUCAGUGGGAUUUGUCUCCGUUCUCAGUGACUCCAGCUGCCGGCCUGUUGUCCAGAUGUGUCUCCAGAGGAGCUCUGCUUCAGGAGGAAAUCGACUGCGCCUCUUCCAGGCAGAGCCCCGCCUUCUCCUCUCACCUGCACGAGGCUGAACAGCAAAUCAGAACGCAGAGACAGCUGGACGAGCUGCAGCUGAAGGUGGAGCUGCUGCAGAUGGAGAAGGAGAGUGCCGACGUCACACACACAUUUUACCUCACUCGGAGAUUCCAGAUGUUGCAGAUGUUUUGUGGUCACCUGCAGGACCUCCUGAAGGAUCAGAACAGUCUGAGACAGAGACUGAUGAGACCACUGGGUCGCACCAGCCUGCCCGUUCUGGCUCACCUGCACAGGUCUGUGGUGGAGGUUGUGAAGAUGCUGUUGGACUUCAUAGAAACCCUGGAGGAGAAGCUGGACUCGGUUCACAGCUGCACCACCGCCAGAGACCGGCUCACUCAGCUGAAUACCUCUCUCGCCCUGCUGCUGGCUCAGGUGGCAGAGGUGCAGAGUUUGUCCAAUCAGGUUCUUCAGUGGAAGGAAGUCGGGAUCAGCCUGCAGAUUGACAGCUCUGCAUGACGACCUCUGACCUCUCACCCUCACCUUCACCUUCCUCCUCCUGGACUGACAGGAUGUCGUCUUGUUGGACAAACAGAAGCCUGUAGGUGGACUCUGAAACCUGCUCACAAAUCUCCAUCAUAUCACACAUCAAACACUUGAUGACUUUUGUUUUGUGUCUUUUGCUUUUUGUAAUAAAAUCUGAUUUUGGUAGAAACUUC